AUUCUUAGUAAAGCGGUCACUCCUUCUCCUUACGCAUCAGUCCUCAUGUGGUCGCGUGACAGAGUCACGCUAUCUUACUCCAGUCUGAUCUCUGACUUCGGGUUAGAUUGCACAAUAUAAGAUGGCGACUCACGAAAUUGCUAUCCAUGAUCAAGUAAGGUCCCUUUGUAUUAGCGGUGGGACGCAUGGAAAUGAACUCAAUGGCGUUUACCUGGUUAAAAACUGGCUGAGAAAUGGUUCUAUCGAAAUUCAAAGGAAUUCUUUUCAAACUCAUGCUAUACUUGCGAAUCCAAGGGCAACCAAGCGAUGUGUGCGUUUCAUUAAUGUAGAUCUCAACAGACAGAUGAAAUCAGAAAAUCUGUUGUCGUCUGUGGAGAAAGAAGAGGAAAAUUGUCCCUAUGAAAUACAGAGAGCCUGCGAACUGUAUUCACGAUUUCAAAACGAGGCUGGAAGAAAGGCGAUAGAUUUCUGGAUCGAUCUUCAUAACACAACUGCAAAUACUGGGCCCUUUUUUAUAAUGAGCGGAUCUGCUGGUCCAUUUCUGUUACACCUCGCAGCAGAAAUGCAGAAAGAGUUCCCUGAGCUACGCAUUAUGCUUCUGAAGGAGGGAAAUUUUGAGGGGCAGCAUUUUGAAGGGGAUCAGCAUGAAAACAGCAAAGAGGACCUCCUAGAUGCCUCUAAAUUUCCCACACAAGGUGUACAAGGGUUAGGUGUGGAGGGCAUAACUUUAGAAAUGGGCCCACUAGCACAUGGUACUUUGAACACGGCCAUUUACAAUUUGGCAAAGAAAAUAGUUACGGGUGUGCUUGACCGUGUUGAGAAGUUUAAUAAUGGCCUUGAAUUUGAGGAAAAGGAAAUUGAAGUGUUCAGAUCACUAGGCAACAUCCAUUUUCCUACUGAUGCAGAAGGUGAACUUUCAGCCAUGGUAUCAGCGAAUGUGGAAAGAAGUGAUUGGAAACCACUGAAUCCUGGUGACCCACUCUUCCUGUCAUUUUCUGGUGAGACCAUCCCUUUCACUGGAGAUGAUGUGGUGUGGCCAGUUUUUAUAAACGAGGCUGCAUAUUUCCCAAACAACAUAGCAAUGACAAUCACUGCAAAGGAAAAGAUAACUGUUCCAUCACUGAAGUUGAAAACAAACUAAAAUGAGACUGUUCCUUACUUUGUGAAUUUGCAUUAAUCAUAUAGGUUGAGGACUGUGAGUUGGGAAUUCAUCAUUAGGAAAUUUAUCUCGACCUAGUGAUCAGUUUUGAAUAAUACCUUUCUGUUGAUUGAAAAGAGAUGCAAGUAAAACACUCGGUCAAAUAG